AUGGAAGAAGGUCCACUACUUCGAGAACAUCGUUGGUUGAACAUGAGCGAAGCCUGCAAGACACACGAUACUGCAACAUCCAAUCAUCAAAGUACAAGGCGUUCAUCUGCAGCAGGUGGCAAAGAUACGUUCGAAAACCGGGGAGGUGCAUCAGAGCCCAAAGCUGUCGACCCGAAGCCUAACAGCCCUUUAAAUAUGCCUGAGUGUGACGGAGUUAUAAGUAUGCUUCUAAAGCAGUAUAAGGAUUACGAACAGGUUAAGCAGUGGUAUGACACUGCCGUUAGAGAGCAGAUGAAAGCUAGGAGGACAAAAAAGAGUUAUGACCUUCGUCAUGUCAAGGAAGAUCUUGAAAAGGUCAAAGAGAAAAUGUCUUAUUUUAUGUUUGACAGUAAAAGACGUGAUGAGAACUUCGAAUGGGCAAAACAGCGGAACCAGCAAAUGGAGACCAUGUGUGUGAAUCUUCUACAAGUGUAA